AAACGUGAGAGGUGCUCUUGAGAGUCCAACUAUCGCGAGAAUACAACGUUUCACACCCGUUGCUUAUCGCGAGACUUUUAUCCAGUCCUCUCCUCUGCUUGAAUCCAGCUGGUAGCCUGCCUGCCGUGGACGGUUCUGUUGCAGUUGAGGUGAGAGCCGUCAGACAUCAUGGGGAACAUCUUUGGGAAUCUGUUGAAGAGCCUGAUAGGCAAGAAGGAGAUGAGGAUUCUCAUGGUGGGGCUGGACGCUGCUGGAAAAACCACCAUCCUCUACAAGCUGAAGCUGGGGGAGAUUGUUACCACCAUCCCAACAAUCGGUUUUAAUGUAGAGACGGUGGAGUACAAGAACAUCAGCUUCACCGUGUGGGAUGUCGGUGGCCAGGACAAGAUCCGUCCCCUGUGGAGGCACUACUUCCAGAACACCCAGGGUUUGAUCUUUGUGGUGGACAGCAAUGACCGUGAGAGGGUGAACGAAGCUCGGGAGGAGCUGAUGAGGAUGCUGGCUGAGGACGAGCUGCGGGAUGCCGUUCUUCUCGUCUUUGCCAACAAACAGGACUUGCCCAAUGCCAUGAAUGCUGCAGAGAUCACUGACAAGCUGGGCCUGCACUCCCUACGCCAUCGCAACUGGUACAUUCAGGCCACCUGCGCCACCAGUGGAGACGGUCUGUACGAGGGCCUUGACUGGCUGGCCAAUCAGCUGAAGAACAAAAAGUGAAGGGUUCAGUCAGUAGAGUGGGGAAGAGCCUGGGUGUCAGCUCCAGGUUAGGGUUAUAGUGGAUCCAUUGUGUUUACAUGGAGAGGCUGCUGAAAAGCUCCCAGGGGGUGACUCUUAAUGCCCCCUCCCCCGGAAAAAAAAUACUUUUUUUAUUUUGAUUAAUUUAAUUUGUUUGGAUAUGCAGUGAGCGUUUUUAAAUAUUUACAAACCAAUGGUGUUGACCCAAAUGACUUACAUUCUACAUGCUAAAUGCAUAAUUAUUGGGAUGUAAUAGUAUAAUGUUACUGUAAAGGCAUAUGUAUUUCCCCUACUUUGAAGUCUCUUUGACCUCCAUCACCUUUUCAUUUGUUCAGAAAACGUGAUGAUGUGGACUCAUGAUGGCAGAGCAACCAUCCGAUAAUUUAAACUUAAUGUAAAUUAUAAAGAAUGUCAUAAUAGUAUAAGUGGGAGUACUACUACUAUCUCAGAAUAAUAUCACAUUGUUCGAACAGUAUACUCAUACAGGCUCAGAUAAAUGUAAAGUUUUCUGUUUCUGUUUUACCACCAAUGUAUGUGCUAUAAAACUAUUUAUUUAUUCUUAAUUGUAUUAGACACACAACUUGAUGACAUACUAGAUAGUCUUAAACAAUUUAUAUUUUUGUCAAGAUGUAUUUAUUUAUUCGUGAGUUUGUUUUAGUUUUUUACAAGUGCAUCAUAUGGUUUCUCUCCCUUAAUCGCAAUGUGCGUUUACUACUAAGGCAGCUAGUGUAAAAGAAGCCCUGGUAUUACUGUAUAUUACCGCUUCCCAAUUCUGCAUGGAGAUGGAGAAGAUCCCAGUACCGGCUUCUGGGCUUGUAAGAGCUGUGAACUACUGCAGGCCGCUGCUGUAAAUAAAGAUUUGUUCUUAGUUGACGUGCCUGGCUCAAUAAGGGUUAAAACAAUUUGUCUGGCGUCAGCGAGGUGUGAUAGCUGAACUGAUACAGAUGACAGAACAGGUGCACUGUACCAGCUCUGUGGCUUAGGAAAAUAAAUGCUGCUAUUGGCCUGUGGAGAGUGAUGCAGCAGAGCAUGUGAUUGGCAAUAUCAGAGCGCUAACGUGGUUUUCGAAUGUUUCUUUUUUAAGUCAGUUUGUGCGAGCAGCUGCACUAUAUCUGUCAAAAGAACUCCCAUAGCCUGUCAUCCUGAUUUAUUCAUCCCUAAUUGCUGUGACGUGUGUUUCUUGUGUUAACCUUAUCUCUUUGUAUUAUGUUGCACAAAAUAACUCUAGAUGCAUUAUUGUUGUACAAAAUGUAAUGUCUGUUUGAAUGGAGUAUUUAUUUAUUUUGGACCAGAAGGCAAGUGUUGAAUUUAGUGUUUUUCUUCAUUUGCUAACUAGAUUUGAGUGUUCACACAAAUCACAUGAUUUGAAAAAAUAAGAGAGAGGAUGAUAGUAAUACUGCAUCAUAAGGCAUGUUAAUACUGUACAAGAUCUGUAAUAAAAGUGAAUUAUAAUAGCCUGUUUCCUCAGACUAUAUUUGUUAGUCUAAAUUACUGCUGCUGGUUGGAACAAUGCUGUACUGAUAAAUGUUAUGGAUUUAGUGUAAAGUUUACCGAACGACCUUCUAAUAUGCAAAAGCAUGCUUUUCUAUGUCAGCGCAAAUGUAUAUAUGUUUAUGUAACAAGAAAAGUAUACCAUGGUAUUCGCUGUCAAAUUGAAAGUGUUGUUGAUACACCUGUAGAUAUCGGGGUCAGUGUGUUGGCAGAUAUGUAUAACUGACAGUAGCUUGUGUGUGUGUGUGUGUGUGUGUGUGUGUGUGUGAUGUGCCCUCUACUAUGUUCGGUUUGGUGUGAACAUUGUUUUUGUGGCCUUAUAUUGCCAGUGGUUUAUUUCUCUUUGAUAACAUGUUUGUUCGUAGGAAUGUCCAACAUUCAAUAUCUCACCUAUGAUCUGUAACACUGAUGCAUUCACAGUACUGUGUUGGCUAAUCAUCCUUCUUUCAAUGACUAUUGGCAAAUUUUAACUAAAAGAAUACAGAAAAGCGAGACUGCAGAACAUUCCAACCGAUAAAGUUUAUUCAAAAAGGAGCAAACUGAGAAUGGAUUUAUUAAAUAUUAUCAAGAGGAGGAAGUAAAAACAACACAAACUGGUGCAAAAGUGUUGAAUGAUUUAAUGAUUCCUGGCACUACGUCGAUAAAUCAAUAAAAAGACCAAAACACAAA